UUUUCUUUCUCCCAUCAUCGUUCAUAUCAUCUCCUCAGAAAUACCCUAACAUGGUCUUCAAAGUAGCAGAUGUCUCUCUCGCAGCGUUCGGUCGCAAGGAGAUCGAGAUCGCUGAGCAUGAAAUGCCAGGAUUGAUGUUCAUGAGAUCAAAGUACGGACCUUCUAAACCUCUUUCUGGCGCUCGUGUUGCUGGAUGCUUGCAUAUGACCAUUCAAACCGCCGUCUUGAUCGAGACAUUGACUGCUCUCGGUGCUGAAGUCACCUGGUCGUCUUGUAAUAUUUUCUCGACCCAGGACCAUGCUGCCGCUGCUAUCGCUGCAACUGGAGUCCCUGUUUUCGCUUGGAAGGGCGAGACUGAGGAGGAGUACCAAUGGUGUAUUGAACAGAGUCUUGCUGCCUUCCCUGGCGGCAAGCCAUUGAACAUGAUUCUUGACGAUGGUGGUGAUCUUACCACCCUUGUCCACGAAAAAUACCCCCAAUACUUGAAGAACAUCAAGGGUCUUUCUGAGGAGACUACUACGGGUGUCCACCACCUGUACAAGGCUUUCCGUGAAGGCAGACUGAAGGUCCCAGCCAUCAACGUGAACGACUCCGUCACGAAGUCCAAGUUCGACAACUACUAUGGAUGUCGGGAAUCCCUUGUCGAUGGUAUCAAGCGUGCCACUGAUGUCAUGCUUGCCGGCAAGGUCGCUGUCGUCGCCGGUUACGGUGAUGUCGGCAAGGGAUGUGCCGAAUCUCUGCGCACAUACGGUGCACGCGUUCUCGUCACGGAAAUUGACCCCAUCAACGCGCUGCAAGCUGCGAUGGCUGGUUAUGAGGUAACAACCAUGGAGGAUGCUGCUCCGCGUUCAAAUCUCUUCGUCACUACCACUGGUAACCGUGAUAUCAUCACUGCCAAGCACUUCUUGGUCAUGCCCGAGGAUGCUAUCGUGUGCAACAUUGGUCACUUCGAUGUCGAGAUCGAUGUUGCAUGGUUGAAGGCCACCGCCAAGCAGGCUGUCAAUGUAAAGCCUCAAGUUGACCGCUUCACAAUGCCUUCUGGCCGUCACAUCAUCCUCCUCGCUGAGGGUCGUCUCGUAAACUUGGGUUGUGCCACCGGCCACCCGUCCUUCGUCAUGUCCUGCUCAUUCGCAAACCAGGUGUUGGCCCAGAUUGCUCUUUGGACCACCCCAGAGAAAUUCCCCCUCGGUGUUCACAUGCUGCCCAAGGAGCUGGAUGAGGAGGUCGCUCGUGCUCACCUUGCUCAGCUCAACGUCAAGUUGACUGAGCUCAGUCCCGAGCAAUCCAGUUACCUUGACAUCCCUGUCCAAGGCCCAUACAAAGCUUCGCACUACAGGUACUAAACGUAUCGACUGCUGCAUGAUGGCCUCAACGUGCCCUCGCUAGUUAAGAGGAGACGGGACCUUCAACGUCCUUGUGGGUUGGAUGUUAAUUAUGGAAGAGUCUCAACGCUCUUUGUCGAGGUUGACAAAAAGGCUGGCUCCUUGCGGGGUCAUUGCUGGAGAUCGCCUAUACUUAAAAGUCUUGGCUUCUUGUAGUGCACUGUGGGAUUGGGGCAGGGCAAGCCAUAUGGGCCUCAACGUGCCCUGUCUUACAUAGUGUAGCGUAUCUAUGCAAUCGAGAUGCACAUGAGGAUGAUGAUUUGCGCAGAUAUCGGCUAGCUAAGCG